CCUAUACCAGCUUUGUUGACCCGGCAGUAUUAUAAUCCUCACGUGAUUGGCCUGACUCAACCGGCUACGUAACGGCUCAGCUGAGGACAGGAAGGCAGCCAGUGUUUACAUCGCGGCCGGCCAUAACAGACCGGGGGAACCGAGCGAGAGACCGAGAGAAAUAACCGACCGCUGCCAUUGAAAUCGCGCCGUGCCAUCCAUAGCCAUUGUACCUGAGGGAUUUGGCGGGGAAUCAAGCUCAACUAUAACCCCAGAACAUUCCGCUGCGGUGACAAGUGAACCGUCCCCGUGGCUACACCAGACCACACCGUUGACAGUUGGAGGAGAAAGGGGAGGAGUCAGCGAGUCUCAGGGUCGAAAAAGAGUCGUUUUCCGUGACCGCGCACCGCGGGCCAGCGAUGGCAACAGGCCCAGCUCCCGCCCCCGAGCAAGUGGCGGCGCCCCCGGACUCUCGCGAGACUGUUGGCAACAUCACGACCUUCGUCAGCGGCAUGACCAAAUUCCACAACAACCCGGACCUCAGCGACAUCGUGCUAAGAGUGGGACCAAAUGUGUACUACGCUCACAAGUUCGCGCUGGCGCGUUCCAGCGACGUCUUUCACACCAUGUUGGCCGGCCAACUCUGGGAAGACUCCAAAAAGUCAGAAAUCGUCCUCAAGGAGUCCAGCGCGUGCGAGGAAGUCUUCGGCGAAUUCCUUAAGUACUUUUACUGCGGGCAGGUGACCUUGGAGAUAGACACUGCCGUCCCCUUAUUACUUCUUGGAGACAAGUAUAACGUGGAGUCUAUAAGGACAGAGUGUGAGAAGUUUAUGAGGAGAAAGGUACAGGGUGGCAACGCACGCGCCGCUGUCAUGUACAUGCACUACGCUAGGAUGUACGGCUUCGAAGAGUUGGAGGAAAAAUGCUUCGACGCCAUCUCUAGAAAGUUCGAGAGCGCCGUGGCCAUGCCGGAGUGGUUGGAGCUGGACGUGCAAUACGUAGGGGAGCUUCUACAGUGCACCACGCUGAUCGUGGAGAACGAGUUCGCAGUGUUCAAGGCGAUGCAGGACUGGGUGUUGGCGGAGUACAGGGAGGCCCAGGCCGGGGAGAACUUGAUCAGGCUCCUGCCGCACGUCAGGUUCUCCCAGAUGCUCCCACAGCAGUUGGUCAACGUGGAGCGGUCCGUCAUCGGCCAGAAGUUCCCGCUUCUCCUCAGCCCCUUCAUCAACGAAGCCUACCGGUUCCGGUCACUGGCGGGGCAGGUGGGCGGUUUCCAUGACAACAAGUUCCUGCCACGUGACUACACGGCCAAAGAGUGGUGCACGUUCCUGAGGCUGCAGCUGUCCGACAUCCGCCGCUUCCAGCACAACGUCAGGACCAUCAGCCUGGACUCACCCGUGCCCAACGAGGUUCAUUCCGAAGAUUACAUGUGGAACAUCGCCUUCCAACUGAACUACAUCGGCAAGCGCUUCCGCUCCGGGCUGGGCAGUAACGCCACCUUACACAAGUACGAGUGCCUGGCCAUCAAGCUCACCCCGCUCAAGAUCUGCCCGCGCGACCGCAGCUUCGAGAUCUCGCUCCUGGUGUACGACCGGGACGUCAACGUGGCUCAGAUCAUCCGGCGGUCCGCCACGGUCAAGGCCACCCAGGCCACGCACCGGGAGAGCUACGCCAUCCAGGCCGCCACGGGCUUCCGCUUCGGCAUGCCGUCCUUCGGCCAGCAGGACUCCGUCACCGUGGAGCAGUUCUUUCCGAGGAGGAACGAGCUCGGGCCGGACUCGGCGUACGUGAAGGAGGGAGCCGAUCAACGUAGCCGUCAUCAUCAAGCCACACGUGGAGUGAACCGUGCUCGUGCAGCAAUGUACGGUGACGUGCUUUCAAUGCAAUUUCAGGGCGGAAAAAGCUGGAUUUUCAAAAUCAAGUUUCUGCUGAUUCAAAAUCAAUUGAAUCAACCCUAUCCCAAAAUAUUCUAAUAUCUGUGAGGCAAAAAUGCUAUGUCGCUGACGGAAAACGGUUGCUUGUUUUUAAUCGUAGGCUGAAUCUUGUUUGUGUGUAUAUUGGUGGUACCCAAGAAAAUAAAGAGACGCCUCACGAAGACUGUGUUGAGGCUAUUUGAGAAACUCUUCAAGUAUGAAAUGAUGACGAAAAUGUGCUAAGAAAUGGCAGUAAAUGCUAAUAUCAGAUUUCUUCACCCAGAAUAUUUAUUUUGGCCCCUUGAAAUUGCAUUUGAUGCCUUAAAUCUCCAAACUUCUAUCUCUCAUGAUUUUUUUCGAAACUAAUUUUAUUUCUGUUAUUAUUUGUUUGUUUGUUUGUUUGUUUGUAUAUAUCAAACCAAGAUAAGAAGUCACGAAGUUAUAUAUAAUAGGCCCAACGGCCAUCUCAAUAGUGUACAAUACUUUACAAAAAGGCAAAACAUUCUGCAAUGCUCUUCAAUGCAAUAUACUAAUAUGAAGUAUGGUUACUUGCUUGGGGCUCUAUGAUCUAUCAUUGUGAUAUUUCUGAAUGAAGUCCAAGAUCAAAGAGCCCCUUUCAGAUGCAAGUCUAGAGUGAGAUCAAGUGUUGUCAAUAGAUAGAGAUUAUGUGUUUUGGAAAGGGUACUUUGGCAUGUGGCAUUGACGAGAGAAUGCAUGGGCCGUUUCAGUGUUAUUUGUAGCGUCGUUAGAGUGUCAAAGGACCACAUUCCUAACGUAUAGGUCCUUGAAAGUUGAGUUUGUUUGUGUUUUCCUGAUUAUGUUGAGGAUUGAAGGUGGACCAAAGCUGCGUGUAGAUAUACAUACACGAUUGGAGAAUGACAUUGUUUUGAGUAUCACGAUGAUGUGUUAGGUUGACGUCUCGCUUUUGACGAAUUUCAGACUCAGGUGAUUUGAUGACGGAAUCAUGUUGAUCUUCGACGAAGUGAGGCACACAAUUUGAGAUAGCGGCGACCUCUUUUCAUUCAAAUUACUCAAGAAGCAUUUGAAAGCAGUUAAGAUAUACUACCCUCUAGAGAACUUAUGACAACAACAAAACAACAAAAAUAACAACAAAAAAUCACAAUGUCUACUAAUGAUUGUUGGAUUGUGAACCCAUUCGUCCAAGAUCAUUUGAUAAGUCGUUCACAAUCUACAGUAUCUCGGAACCAGGCCAAAGGUGCUACCCAAAGUCCCUGCCCAGUGUUCAUUUUGUAAAGUUCUGAUCAUUCAUGAUCUAUAUGUAUAUAUAUCAUUCAUAUGUAUCCUGUAAGUCAAAAAUGUUGAUUUGUAUUAUUGUGUAGUGUGUUUGACAAAGUUAGACGUGGACUUUCUGUAAGUCGAAAGCUUGGGAUGGUGUUCUUCUCACAAUAUAACGCGACGAAAGUCUUGUAGGUAAAAGAGCUUCAGGAUAUUCGAGCAAUAAGCAACGCUCUGACUAUUGCUUUUUAAGCGUAGCGCUUACAGCAGUUUUCUUUCAGCUCUGCUACAUUUGCGAUACGUGAGCUCAGUACUUCUAAAGAGAAGUACUAGUUUUCCGUUUAUCUCAUGCUGGCAGCGACCUGGAGGUCGGUUUUGUUGUUGUAAGGCCACAUCAAUUUAAUUUGUCGGUUCCCGGAUUUUUUUUUUCAGAAAAAAUAUGAAGCGACAGUGCAAAAAAAUUAAAUUAAAAACAGGUCUAGGCUUCCUAUUAUAGCCCCAAAUGCUACGAUAGGAGCCAUGAAGUCAACACAAAGGGCUGGGUUAAUAUUUCAAUAAUGAAUUUUGAACUUUUAAUCAAACCGUUGCAUUGAUAGAUGGAAAAACUGUAACAACUAGGAAGAAAAGGACUUUACUGUUGGGGGCAAAAUAUGAGCAUAUGUGAGUUGAUUCAGAACCAGAAUCUUUUUUUUCUUGCAAAUCAGAAAAAAAUCCAAGAACCAACAAAUUAAAUUCGUGUGGCCUAAUGUACAUUGUUCUCGCGCGAGAAAAGGCGAGAUGAACGUUGACAGUACCUCACGCAAGAUCUCACGAGAACAUUCGUGACAUUUUGUAUAGGACCAUAGCCUUGCUUGACAAUUAAUUAAUCAUUCCACUUCGUUCCUUUCCUUUGACCAGUCUUUGCGAAAUGUAACGUUACCUGCUUUGAAAGGCUUAGAUCUGAUUGUGGACUAACCACUAGCACUAUUAAAGUCUGCGCUGUCACUGCACACGGCUCUGCAAAUGCAUUAUACUGGCACAGCUUUCACUGCAUAGUUUAAACCAAUGUGGAUUUGCAUUUUAGAGAAAACCUGUACAAAUCUUUUAGCAAUACACAUGAUGGUGACCAACAUUUUGCAUUGUAUUUAUUCUGAAUAUUGUAUCAUAGUAUUGACUCUUUGUAUAUUGUAUUAUCAUAUUGAAACAUAGUCACUAUGUCCAGUACGCAUACCGGAAGGACACUAACUUUGUAAUUUACUCCAGUGUAAAAGAUGUAUUGGUACGUUGACAAGAUUUGUUGUAGGAGUGACGACAUGUAGCAGUAAUAACGUGAUAGUCGUGUAUGAACACGUGAUGGUCCUGGUUGAUCACGUGAUACUGUUUGAUUUCUGAAAAGCCAAGUCAUACUGGGGAGGGGGGCACACAUGUCCUGAGGACUUGUAUAUUUGAUUUAUCAUAGGACCACAUCCCCCUUGUUAUUUUGCCAUUCCCCUUGUUAUUUUGUUUUACACCAUAUAGCGUGGGUAGAAUGUUUUACGUUGUAGAGAGCCGGCGUAUAAACGUAAACAAAGGGUCUGCAAAAUUUUGUUCACGUACAGUUGUACAUUCAAAUCAAAACCAUAACCCCUGUAUUAGUCAGGCUAUAUAUUUCACAUUGUUCAUCUUGUAGUUUUGCAUGUAUAAAGCGGUUGUCGACAUGUUAGACACUGUCUGUGUUAAUGUGCUGCUAAAGAGCCUUCUUUUGAACGUCUGGAUUGUUAGUCUGUGAGACAGAUUUGACACAUGAGAUGACACGUUAUGUAUAAUGUAGGAAUAUAGUGUAAUACAUGUUUCUUACCUUCUCCGAAGAAGACGAUGUACGUUCGUAUACCAGAGACUGUGUCGUUUCCAUUUCAAAUAUAGUGCCGUACAUUGUUCUCACGCGAGAAAACGCGAGAUUAACGUUGGAAGCAGUAACUCACGCGAGAUCUCACGAGAACAGAUGUGACAUAUGGAAUCACGAAAUUGAUGAUCACGGUUUGAUGUACUGGCGUGCCAUGAUCUUUUUACAGGAACUCUUAAUAUAUAUGCUGCGUGGUGCACAAUCAUGUGCAAAUAAGUGUGUGUGUAAUGAAUGAACAAUGUUGUCGUGGUGCCUUCUCCUGAUGUUUGAAUUAUUUAUAACUCCUUUUGUUUAUGAUUACACAAUACAAUAAAGUCCAUACAU